CCUGGUUCGGAGACACUCUCAGCCGGCAUGUUGAAGAAAGCGACUGGAACGACAAUGAAUCUAUACAUCAACGAUAGUUGGAGAAACACUAUCGAUUCUAACUUUAUACCACCGCAAGCCUUAAAAGUUCUAAAGCUAUUGGUAUUCAUUUUCAACGUGCUGAAACCUUUAGAAAUUGGCGGUAAGAUAACUGACCGGGAUUGCUGGCCAUUGGAUUCGGAUUUCUCAAAUAUAGCUCUGGUUGAUCGCGCCGAUCGAAUCGCGAUACCGCGGGCUGUCAAAUUUUUCCACCGCUAUCAUCUGAUGAAAGGCAGUUCGAAAUUUUUAGCUUUGGCAACCCUCAUAUUUAUUGUUUUGCUCCUAUUUUUCUUCGGAUAUUUCCUCGCCAGAACAAAC